UCUAUCUUUCUAUCUAUCUAUCUAUAUGUCUGGAAAAAUAGGUUGACACCUACUUUUUUAGGUUGUGAAGGAUUUUCAGUGUCAUGAGUCUAAUAACUAUUUUGUUAAUAAUACACCAACAAACUCUAUAAAUAGCUUAAGCUUUCUUUUUAAGUUGAAAUGACUUUGGGUCCCAUUCCUCAUAAUACUCAAAUUCUAUAAAUAGCUUAAUUUUUUCCCCCUUUGGAAUGUUGUUUUUGGCAUUCCUUUUUUUUUAAAUCCAGUUCCAAAUUUUCUCUUUCUCUACCCUUUCCCCACACACCAAGAAGGCAAGUUACAUGACAGCAAGUAUACAUAUGAAAUUUUUCAGAACAUAUUUCCAUAUUAGGCAUAUUGUCAAAAAAAAGAAAAAAAUUAAGCAAGAAAAAUAAAGAAAAAAAAUGCACUCAAAGUUCGUCGGUUCUCUCUCUGGAAAUGCUAUUGCAUUGAUUUUUUUUUUUUUUUUAAGUUGAAAUAGUUUGGGUCCUCCAUCGCCAACUAUUAUUAUUUGUUCCCCAAUUGGGUUAUUAGAAGUACUUAAACUUUAUGCAACAGUUGGUAUCAGGCCACUGGAAAGCUGGGAGUGGCAAAUGCUGUAAAAACAAAGACAAGUGGGCAAAGAGUAAGGCCGGCGCUGUGACCUAGGAUCGCGGGCAUCAGGACCAGGUAAUGGGGGCAGCUUUCAGCACAGACGUCCCCAAGACCAAGCUUGGAGCGGAUUGGAGGGGCGGGGAGGGGAGGGAGUACGUCUCGCCCAAGUAGCCCUAGGGAAGUCCCUGGGAUGGUCUCCCAACUCGGUGACCCAGGCGUCCCAGGGCGGGGGAGGAGGGAGCGAGGGAGUCACUGGGGAGCCAAGCACCCUAAGGACUCUCCUUCCUCUUUCCCCCUCCCCACUCCGGGAGGCCUGACGCAAGGUAGGUCGGCGUGCGUGCGCGGCCCCGGGUGUGGCGUGACUGUGCGUGCGCGGGGCCGCGGCGGAGGCGGAGGCUGGGCCGGGCUGGCGGCAGAAGAUGGCGAGGGUGUGUAGGCGGCAGCAAUGCUCCGUUGAGAGACGCGGCUUUCGGCAAGAACUGGAUUCGUGGCGCCACAAGCUCAUUCACUGUGUAGGUCCCGUUUCCCUCUGUGCGGCGGCCGGCGGGACCAUAAGGGCUUAACUCAUAUAUUUAACCCCCCUCCGAAAAGGUUUGAAAGUAUCCUCGAAGGGCUGUUUGGACCUGGAUUAUUAAAAGAUCUCAGUUUAUUUAAAGACUGUGAACCUGAAGGUGUUUCUGAUUGGACUUUUAAUGAAAAUUGUCUAUUCUGUUGCUUAAGAAGGGAAAAAGUAAAGGAACAUUUAGUCGAUCUGGAUGAACCAGCUUUGGAAGCUGGGCAAGAAGCUCUGUUUAGACAAGGGCAAGCAAAAAUCAUUCGUUUCGAGAGACAAGCAGAAGAAUUCCUCAAUGCAGUCUUUUGUAGAAAAGACAGUCCCUGGGUCUCUGACCCCAAUAUUCCCCUAGUGGCCCGAGAGAUCAUGCAGCGAAUGAUCCAACAAUUUGCUGCUGAAUAUACCUCAAAAAAUAGCUCUACUCAGGACCCCAGCCAGCCCAAUAGCACAAAGAACCAAAGCCUGCCGAAAGCAUCUCCAGUUAUCACCUCUCCCACGGCUGCAACUACUCAGAACCCUGUACUCAGCAAACUUCUCAUGGCUGACCAAGACUCACCUCUGGACCUUACUGUCAGAAAGUCUCAGUCAGAACCUAGUGAACAAGACGGUGUCCUUGAUCUGUCCACUAAGAAAAGUCCAUGUGCUGGCAGCACUUCUCUCAGCCAUUCUCCAGGUUGCUCCAAUACUCAAGGGAACGGUGAGGACCCAGCAGAGACAGUAACAAUAGAUUCUAACAAUCAGCCGAAGUCACCACUGGAAAAGUUUAUGGUCAGAUUGUGUACACAUCAUCAGAAGCAGUUCAUUCGGGUUCUAAACGACCUCUACACAGAAGUGCAGCCAGGGACUGACGGCCAGCGAUUUCCUGAUUCUGAAACUAUGGAUCUUUCUACUUGCAGCCCUGGGUGUGGUCAGCUAAGCACUGAAAAUCAAGAAAGGGGAACUAUUUGUUUUGACAUGAAGUCCCCUUCUACAGAUUUACUCGUAGACCGAAUGACAUGUCAAGGGUCCCCUUGUGUGACAGGGUCAGCCCUGAAGGAGCCUGCUGAGAUGAAAUCUUUAGAAAGAAAAGAGAAUUCCUUUACUGUUAUCAAAAAAGACUCUUCUGAACUUCCAACUACUAAAGCCAAUUCUGGUGGUCCAAAAGAUGGUUCUACUCUUGGAUACCUCACUGCAUCUAAUUCUUCCUCAUUUAACUCCCACCAUGUUUCCAAAUGUCCGGAAGGGCAAACUACUGGACAAGAGCAUGACGUUAGUGUUAAAAAAUCAGAGGAUGAAAAAGACCAGAUACAAAGCACAGCUUUAGUAGAAGGUUUUAUUGCUGUAAAAGUGGCAAAUGUGAAUAGUACUGAGGAUGGUGACAGUUGUAUGGUUUCUCAAAAGAAUUUAUUCAGAGCUUUACCAGAAGAGACUUGGGACUCAGGGUUUAUGGGAAGCUCACCUAGAACUGCUGACAAAGAGAAUGCUUUACAAUGUAGCUCAAAAUCAUCUUUGCACCAGGAUUUAGAGGAAAAUGAACAAGAUACUAGGCCAAAGCAGGAAAAUCAUCUCCACAUGCUGGGAAGGAAUAAGGCAGGUUAUCAUUUACAUCCUGGUGACAAGGGUCAGUUUGAUAAUUCCAAAGAUGUUUGGUUAUCACCAAGCCCCAUGCCAGGUCUACACAAAGCAUCCAUUGGACAUUCACGAACAAAAAUUAUAUCGGCCUCUAUUAAAACAGCCCGGAAGAGUAAAAGAACUUCAGGUUUGAGAAUUAAUGAUUAUGAUAACCAGUAUGAUGUUGUUUAUAUCAGCCAACCCAUAACAGAGUGCCACUUUGAGAGUCAGAGAUCAAUAUUAUCUUCUCGAAAGACAGCAAGAAAGAGCACUCGAGGAUAUUUUUUUAAUGGAGACUGCUGUGAAUUGCCUACUGUCCGCACAUUGGCCAGAAGUUCACGAAAUGAGGACAGAAGCAGCUACUCAGCUGUGCAUACAGAGGUCUUAGACACUCCCAAGCAGGCCCUGACAGUUUCAGACACUGGACCUGCAGGAGAUGUAGAGAUUCUUGGAGAAGACCCUGAAGAAUCCAGGGAAGAGAGAAUUCCUCUCGAGGUAUUCCAAGACCCUUCAUCAAAAAAUGACUCUCCGGAGUCUGAAACUUAUUCUGCAACUGAUGAUACUGAAGAACAAACUGAAACUAAUCAACUUAGUUUUCUGAAUCCAAAAGAAGCUACGACUUCAGAUUCUCCCCUUUCUUUUGAUCAUAAGGAGAAGGUACCAGAAGACAAUUCUGAUGCCAUAGUAAAUGGCUCACCUUUGCAUGUGGAAGACCAACCACAAAAUGAACUUUUAGGCACUAGUGAGGAUGUUCCCCUGGAAAUGGAUAACUGCAUUGACCACUCCCCCGAGAGUGUUCUUGAAGGUAAUAGUGACAUGAUCAUUGCCUCAAGACCUCAUUCUCCUGAAACUCUUAACAGAGAGGAAAGUCCUGUUUGCUCUGAAAAUGAAGCUUCUCCUAGGAACCUGAAUCUGGAUGCCCCUGUAGAUUUCAAAAGUGUUGAUGGAAGUGAAAGCAUUAGUAUUGAAGCUAAAACUGAAAACUCUCAAGAGCAAGAUGAAAACCAGCACAAACAAGGCGAAGUUACAUGUACCAAUGAAAAUCUUGAUGACAAUGAGGGAAGUGAGGCAGCACCUGAUACAAGUCAACUAGAGAAAGAAGAACAAAGUGAUGAUAAGCAGUCUUCAGAAACAGAGAUAGGUGAUCAAAACAUUCAUGAAGAAGAGAAUUCAGACAAGAAGAAGAAAGUCAAAAAAACUCUUGUGGCCUCUGAUAGGUGCCUAAGAAGUCAGCUUUCAGAUACACCCAUUGCUCUCCAACUUCCUUGUCUUCAAAUCAAAGUUUCUAAAAGUCCAGGUGCAAAACGUCCUAAGAGAGAAGUGUACCUUGAUGGAGCAGCCUCUGUACAUUUCCCAACUGACUGCUACCACAAAACACUGUUGAAGAACAUUGGAAAUACAAAUACUGAUGAAAAGGAUCCUGAGCAAAAGGAGAAUGAAGGGAAUGGGGUAAUCACCAGACAGAAUUUUAGAAGUAUGAUAGCAAAAGAAGACAGGGUUGCAGGAGGAGAAGAAACUUCAUCUCAGAGUAAUAGCCCUACUACCACAGCUAGCCAAGAUCCAGAGAUAGAGGGGCUUGAAAUCUGUGAACAGACUAAUUCUGAUACCAGAAAUGGUCAUCUUCCUGCAGAAAGCAGUCCUUGUAAGGAAGACUCAGAACAAUCAGAAAAGGAGUCUGUGAGCAAUCCUGCAAAAGAUUUAGAAGAAGUUGUCAAUGAAGUAGACAGUGAAAAUAUAAAACAUAGUGAUACACUGUCUAGUCUGUGUGCAUUAUCUAUUGACAGUAGGGAAAGUGCCAGUACAAUCCUGAAAUCAUCCAUGAAACAGAAAAGACUGGCUUCUCCAACCUACAACCUAAGGCAUGUUCAUACAGUGGACCCUCUGGAUGCUGCAAAACCUACUGCAGGAAAGGAUGUUGUAGAGGAUCAUUCAGGGCCGGAAGAAAACCAAAUCUCAGAUGUUGAAGAUUCCAUGGAAUUAAAAGAUGCUGAAACAGUGGUGGAUGAUAAGCCCAAGUUUGUCGAAUGGUGUGCAGAAGAGGAGAAUCAGGAGCUUAUUGCUGAUUUCAAUGCCCAGUACAUGAAAGUUCAGAAAGGCUGGAUCCAACUAGAGAAAGAAAUACAGCCCACCCCAAAAGUAAAAAACAAGUCUGACAAAUUGAAAGAGAUUUGGAAGAGUAAGAAAAGAUCACGUAAAUGUAAGGGCUCAUUAGAAGUUCAAAAGCUUUCCCCUGUUCAGAUGCUCUUUAUGAAGACUUUUAAAUUAUCUAAUAUUUGCAAGUGGUUCUUAGAGACAACUGAAACAAGAUCACUUGUAAUUGUGAAGAAACUCAAUACUCGUCUCCCAGGAGAUGUACCCCCCAUUAAAAGUCCCCUUCAGAAAGCCUCCUCUUCUAGCCAGUAUCCUAGUUCACAACAGGCUGAGCGCUUGAAAAAACACUUAAAAAAAUUUCCUGGGGCAACACCUGCUAGAAAUAAUUGGAAAACUCAAAAGCUUUGGGCUAAAUUCCGUGAAAAUGUUGAUAAAAUGGAGUCAGCAGAGACUGCCACUGUCAGCCUUGGAUCUCACUCUGAAGCUAAUUCAGAAUUCAAGGAAGAAAGAAUUAGCCAGCCUUCUAAUUUGCCUACACCAGCUAGUACUCGAAUCCUAAGAAAAUAUUCCAAUAUCAGAGGAAAGCUCCGAGCCCAGCAGCGUUCAAUGAAGAAUCAGAAAACAGAAAGUUCAAAUGAUGUCACUGUAGAAAAUAAACAGAAUCGGAAGAGUGUGUGCAUUAACCCUUUAAUGUCUCCCAAACUUGCUUUGCAAGUCAAUGCUGAUGGAUUUCCUGUGAAGUCCUCUAGUGCUGAAGGAGCCAGGGCGAAAAAAGGGAAGUUAGAUUCCUUACCUAAAGCAGAAAGUCAGCAAAACAAAAGGAAGAAAACCAAUGAGAACAGCAGCAUGCAAGAUGGUACUACUUCCACUAGCAAGGACAGAUCACAAGUAAAGAAAGCCAGUAAAGCAAAACAUUUAGAUGUAUCUUCCAAAGCAUCUGCCAACAAGAAGCGUCCUUCAUCGGAUAAGACCAACAAGCUGUCCAAAAAGGCAUCUUUAAAAGAAAAAAAAGUGAAGAAGGCCACCGACAAGGCUGCCGGGAAGAGUCACCCUCCUUCCCGCAAAGGAAAAGACAAUACCCAGAAGAAGCCAAGCCAGACUCAGCCCCCACCUCGAGAAAAACUGUCCAAAGCUCCAAAGCAGAAAGUUGCUGCUGAGUCACCUUCCAGGUCACAAAAAACUACUCACAAAAAGCAGAGUAGUGCAAAGACUAAGAAUAACAGAUCAUCUAUAAAGAAAACCCCAGAGAGCAUCCUGACCCAGAGGAAACGCAAGCUCCGGGCAAAACUUGACUGUUCCCACAGCAAAAGAAGACGCCUGGAUGCCAAGUGAUGGGAGAUGGAGCCAGGUGUGAGCUGCUCUGUGGCAGCAACCCUUUGUUUUGCAUUAACUCAACCUGCUUUUAUAAGCUGUAGCAAGCCUUUAAAAUCUGCAGUGAAAGGAAAACAUCUAGUUUUAGGCAUCAGGAAACAAUGUCUCAGAUGGAGAAAGGAACUUGCUUUCUCCCUCUAGGGCUAAGAAAGGGAGUUAUUAAUUAUUUUCUGAAUGUUCCUUGGAUCUUAAACUUGGAACCAGGCAGAUUUGGUUUAAAAGUACAGUGCCUUAUUUAUCCUUUUUUUAAAAAUAAUAAAAAAAAAAAAGCUAAAAAGCUAAUCUGUAUGAUUAAAGGCUUGCAUUUUAUACUUGAUGCACAAGCACUUGUACUGUAGCAGAAAUGACCACCAUCAAGCCCCGGAAGUCAUUUUCCAGCAGCCUUCCAGCAGUGUGUCUGUCUGAACAUUUGUUCCUCUUUGAAAACCUCUUGGUGUUCCCUCCCACUCUUUUUGGGUUGUGGCAAAGCAAAACCAAAAUCACCUGGGAUGGUUGGGAAGACACUAGGGGUGGAGGUCUGUUGCCCUUUAGUUAAACAUUAUCCUAUUUGUUACCUUUUUCUAAAAAAAAUCAUUUUAAUUGUUGGUCACUUCUGUGGACUUGGAGUUUUUAAAAAUUUCAAAUCAUGUAUUCUUACAUUAAACCCCACUUCAAAUCCAUGUGGCACACAAGAGGUCAGGGAUUUGUUUUUAACCUCCAGAGUUAUUUUGUAGGCCCAGUCUUUGCUGCUGAUUCUUCAGUUUUCUGUCAUUCUCUUUGCUUUGGGGCUUGAUAGCUUGGCUUUCUUCCUAACAUUUCCCUUGACCCCAGAAACAAUCUGAAAACUCAGUCCAUUUGUAAUAAUAUCACUUGGGGGAAACAUCCUUUUUUUCUUCUUCUUUUUUUUUUUUUUUUUUUUGCCUUAUCCACAGUCCCUCCACAUUCAAAACCUAAAUGUUAUUUUGCUUAAUAAGGCGGCUUAUGUUUUGAUAAGCUUGCAGGCACACAUUUAGUAAUGAACGUAUCUCAAUUCCAUUUUUCAGUUUGUUAUCAUAGUUUUCCCUCAUAUAACAACAUCUGCUUUCAGCACAAUGGACUGAGUAAUUAACAAGUUCAGCAAGUUCAGAUAGAACAGAAUGCCUCUGUGUUAUUAUCCAUCCCCAGGCCUAUUUUGAAAACAGACAUGUGGAGAUCUAAGCAGUGUAACCUGUGAAAUACAUCCAGGGUUACAUAAGAACCCCUCCCCUGGGAGGAGCCCUCAUCAAAACAGCUGCUGCAUGAAAAAUGCCUCCUUUGGGUUCGGAUAACCUAUGCCAGGCCUUUUCUCAAUGGCUUAGAAUCAAGGGCUCCCUUCUGUGUUUUAAAAAAACAAAAAAAAUUUUUGCUUCUUCAAUGUAAACUUAUAGAAGGGAGCAUACAUUCACUGUAACUCUGUGCCUUGAAUGUUGCUUCUCUGCAAAGCUGAAACAUUCCCAUUGAGCCACUGCAAACAAAAGCUGAAUUGUAGAACAUUUUUUUUCCGUGUUUUUACUUCCUUGUGCAACUCCUGAAAAGGGUGAUGUGGGUGUCUCUUUUAAGAAUAGCCACCCAUUCUAGACGUUCCAUACCUCUGUACAUAAACCUGAUGUUCAUUAUUUUUUAAAUGCACUUCACGCAAAUCAUGAUAAGACAGGCAUUUUUACCAAAUCUGGAAAAGACCAGCUCUAAAGUGAUAGCAACUGUAGAGGUACUAUAGAAAAGAAGGGGAGGCGAGAAAGGCACUCAGUUUUCCCAGCUUUGGAGAACUGUGCUGGACUUCAGAGACUCUGGGGCUGGCAAGAGGGGUUUACAAGUGAGAACCUUUUUUCCUUAGUCUUCUCCACUCUGUAGGACACAGAUUAUGUUCAUGCUUUGAAAAAUCCCUGUGCUUAGCUAUUUAAGAGCUACUGACAUUAGUAAAAUUGCCAAGUGUACAUUUUUGAUGGUCUUUUUUUGCCCCCAACACUGAGGUGCAUGAAGAUAGUGGCACAAUUGUAAUGUUUUUAAGAGUGUUUGUUUUCUUAAAUCUCUAUUCACAUAAAUAUUGACGAGGAGAAAUUAAUUGUGAUUUAAAUAGCUCUGCAUUUAUCUCAGCCAGGUGCAUUUUCCCCUGGGAUAAAUAUGGCUGGUUUGAAUUUGUUGUUGUUUGUUUUUGUUUUUUAAGCUAUACAUAUUCCAUUUUUACAGAGGCUAAAAUAAGGUUGAGAAGUUUGGAAUAAUGGAUAGAGAAGCUUUUACAUAGACUUGCUUUCCAAAUACUCUUAGAUUUGUUUUGGGAUUUCAUCAUAUUCUGUUUUUCUAUUUUGGCCUGCAUUUGGAAACAGUGUGUGUUUUGCAUCUGUUCCACUAAUAGAGCCUCUUUUAAAUCUACUGAUAACUUUGUAACAGUGACUACUACUGUUGAAGCAGAUGGGAUUCUGUGUAAGAGAAAUACCUUUUAAAAUGAUGAUCCUUUUUAUCUUGAACAAAUUGCAUCACAUUGUUUUAGCUUACUCAAUUUCUUUUGAAAUGAUAUGUGCAGUAAAAAUAUACAAGAAACUUUUCCUUCUGCCCACCCGCUUUCUAUUGCUUGCCAAGUAAUCUUUCAGAUUCUUCAUCUGUGGGAUUGUAGUGCACCCCACCCCACCUCACCCCACCUCCCACCAUGCCAGUCUUUACAGAACUGCCUGUCAGUGAAUCACAAGCUUUUUUUUUAAAUCAGUUGACCCAUAUUUCCCAAAUCAUUGUGGCAAUAGCUGUCCCCUCACCUCUCUGGCUUGCACUGAAUUGUCAUACAACCUCAAAUGUUUAUAGACCAAUAAGAAAGUCUUGAAUGUUGGUUGAUUAUGGUCAUUGGUGAGCAGCUCUUAAACUUAGGAAAAGGAUUGUCAGUCAGUCCACUUCUCCUUGCCCCCCUCCUGCUUCCUCUCUCAGAAUAGAGGAGGAGCUUCAGUUUCUGUGGUACUCAUAAUCCCUUUUUUUUUUUUUUUUACAUUCUCUCAUUAACAUCUUUGUAACUCAUUCUUUCUGUGCAUAUCUGAGAUUAACUAUCAUUCCCAUUUUCAAUUAGAGUUCCCUAAAUUGAAUUUCAUGCCUCUUUUUCUCUAUCUUCUAAUUAUCUCAGAGAAAGCCUGAAUUCUGCUCCAGAAUAGGGAAGCAGGUAAACUCUUUUAAAGACUAGAUGUAGAGAGGUAUAGGGGAAGAUUUCCAUCAAGUCAGAUUCCAAAACUAAUCCACUUACUCCACUUCAUUGGAGUCUCACAGUCAAAUGCGUAAUGAUUUAAGAGAUGCAGCAAACCCCUUUAUUUGUGUUUCAGAUUGUAAUGUUACUAGUAGCUGUUAAUCACAGAUUUCCAUCAGGAGUUCACCUGCUCUUCAGUGUUUCUUAAGUUUUUGGCAGUGUCCAUUUCCAUUACAAAGAAAUCAACAUAGAAAUAACAACCUACAUAUUACCCUAAUAACAAUUUUUAUCAACUGUUGUAAGUAUAAUAGGAUAUAUGUAGUAGUAUACAUAGAAUAAUUUCCCAGGGAAGAAGCAUAAAUAAAUACUACCAUCUGUGUAUGCUACCUUCUAAUAGAAAAAUUAAAUCAACCAAAUUAUAUGCAUCAUAUAUUAUCUUAUAGAUUUCUUAACUAAAAACAAUUUUUCCAACACUAUAGAUAAAAUUCAUUACUCAGAGACAAUUGGAAUUGAGACAUUUAUUUCUUCAAUUGAAUUCAUGUUUGCCCUAAUGCCACAUGUAGCUUAUUCCAUUAUUCUUAUUUACAGGUGGCAAUUUGGUUUGUGGGUCAUAUUGGAAUAAGAGGAGGAAAGAGUACUGCAGAGUAGUAUAGAUGGUGUCACCAUCCAGGGUAGCAUUGGUCAUGAUAUGGGGGCACUUGUACUCACUCCCUACCCUGCUAAAGGGAAGGUACCAGGAGCUGUGGAAAACCACCAGUUGAGCCAAAUUUAUCCAGCAAAGACUAUGUUUAAGAAAAUCAGAUUUCUUACUUUGAAGUUCGUAGAUGCAUGUUUUUUUCCCUAACAUCUCUUCCUGUCACCUCUCUUCAUUUUGCUUUGUUUUCUUACCUCUUUAUUUUCUCCACCUCUUUAUUCUUUUUAAAAUUUCUGAUCUCUUUAUUUACAUUCUUCUGCCACUGACUUAUCUUUAUAACUCAUUCUCUUUGCAAAGAUGUAUGUGUAUAUAUCUAUUUCUAAUUAGACAUUUUCCCAAAAAUUGAAUUUCAUACAUCUUAGGAACAUUCCCUCUUCUGUUGUCUAAUGUUCACCCAUUCUGUUAAUCUGUAUAUCCAGGAUCAAUGGUUAAAUAAGUUCAAAAUGCUGAAAUUCAUGUUGAUGGCACUGGGUGCAGAGUAAGUGAAAUAAUUCAAGAGCAGUGAGGAUCUGUUACACUAAGCCUAUUUGUUAUUGAAAGAAGCAGAGAUUCAUUUCUGUUAAGAAGGAAUUCAUUUUGCUCCUAUUGCACUCUUGGUUUUCUGGAAAUUUGGAUAUAGAAAAGCUCUUUAAUUGAAUAAUUUGAAGCAAAGAUCAUUUCAGAUCACAAAGGCUUGCCUUUAAGAAUGAUUGUAAAAUAUUAGUUUGUCUUAAAUAUCGCAAAUUUUUUUUUUAAUCUGGAUCUGAAGAGGUGGAUGGUAUUGAGCUCUUUAUGAACAUGUUCCUUUGUAUCUUAUAAAAUUGUCAUGUAAAAGGUGAAAAACAAAAGCACAGAGAGGAGGUACUGGAAAAAAUGGAACCUUCAUCCUAACAUAUAGUCAUAGAAUCAUGAAUUAAUCUGAAUAGGAAGCUUUAAGUGAUUCAUUGCUCUUCAUUGCUCAUAUAUUUUCAUAUAUGCCUCAAGGAGUGAUGAUAUAGGGGCAAAUGAUUAUGGGAAGGUCCACUUCUUGUUUUCUUUCCACAAAUAUAAAAGAAAUUCAUUUACCCUUUUAUUUCCUAAAGAGGAAGAUAAUUAUUGCAUUAUUGAAACUUUCUCUGAGAAGCUCUAGCACUCAAUUCUCUUGGAACAGAAAAUUUGAUUUGUUCUUUGCCAUUUCUUUUAAGUAUUACUAUCAUGUGGACUGACUAUAAUAUUAGAUUGUUUUGAUUGGUUGUAUAGAAAUCAGGUUUGGAAAACAUCCCUCUAUUGAAUCAUGCUUGCCUUUGGCAUAGAGGUAUCACAUUCCUGAUCCAGCAUUGUGCUUCACUGCUUUCCUAAAUUAUUUUAAAAAUAAGAAAUAGAAUUCCAUGUUUAAACAAGCAGAAUGUAAUAGCCACAAUCCUCAGAAAGUUGUCAUUCUUCCUGAACAUGGCAGGACAGACGCCCAUAUUAUGAGAUGUGAUAGAGAAUGACAUAGAGGAUCUAUGAUAGAGAAUCUUAGAAUCUAAAUGCUUUGCUUCAAAGAUAAACAAACUUGGGAAGAAACACAGACUGCUUUCUGUACUGUAGUAUCCUUUAGCUGUCCUACAGUACAUUGGGAGAUCAUGUUCCAAGGGAUGAUAUAGCAUCAUUGGUUAGAAUAUAUGCACUGAGAGGUUCAUUGUGCUUCUAGAUUUUGUAAAUGAGACCAAGAUAUCCAUUUAAUAUAAUUAUUACUUUUUUGUCCCUUUCUCAAAGCUUUAUGUCUUAUACUCAUCUCUUAGAGAAACUCUUUGGCUUUGCCUUUCUAGAGAAUAGUUGUACCAGUGGUAUUAAAAAAAAAAGUUAUUCUCACCCUAAAACACCAGCAGGGCAGACCUCUGCUUUCUGACAUGGGUGCCAUAUGCAAUUACUGUACAUGGUCAUUACAUAUUCAUUAAGUGCCCAUUGCGAGCUUGGCUUUAGACAGAGAAUUGUUUAGAGGUUUAGCUUGCUGGUACUCCUGUGGAGCAUCACUUCAAGUUGGACCAUAAGUGUCUUUUAGAAAAAGAAAAUUCAAAGCUUCUUUCUUUUGGGGCAUGGAGUUGGGCAGCCAGUUUGAAAAACAUACAUGGUUUUCCAAAAUGCCAUGUAAAAUCAGGUUGGUCUUCAUAAAUCCCUCUAUAGAAAAUUAAUCUUUCUGUAAUUUUCCCUUCUUUAAUGAUAAUGCAUUUUCUCCUGGGCAGGCACACAUAGUUUACAACCUGUAGAAUAAUGCUUUUUCAUAAUAAAGGUCGGUGUGCAUCCUUGUGGAUUGAAUCUUUUGUCAGUGGCACAUGUAUAAGUAAUGUUCAAAUUCAUUAUGUGUCUGUAGUUGGACGACUGGUGGUGGAUAGUAAAUUUUUUUUUUAUUCAAGCAUGAAUUUUUUUUGUACCUUUUUGAGAGAGAGACAUAGAGAAUACUGGGGGAGCUGGAGGUGCAUGGCACUGAAUCCCUCCCACAGUUAAAGUGUUUGCAGAUGUGUUACUCUCCGAGCUAGUAGCCUGUGAACACAAACACUGCUCUCUGCUUUUGUGGGAAUUUCACAUCAGCCCCACAAGCUUUUCUCGCCACAGCUAUCCUUUUUCAUUUUGAACAAAGAGGCUGCUGAAGCCCUUGAUUGGGAAGGAACCAGGCUUUCUCCACAUUCUCCUGUCACUUUCCACUUUAAGUCUCUAACUCCUUUUCUGCACUAUUCUCCUGGGCCCCCUGCUACCUCCUCCCCUUUGGAAGUGUAAGCACCUUCUCCCAUACAGUCUUAUCAGUUUUUAUAUUCAUCUGCUUCACAAGUUUUACUAUUUUUUUGUCCAAAAAUUGUUCUCUUGUUUCUCUUAAUUGUUCUUGUCAUUGUCUUCAAAAUUGUUUGAUGUUUUUUUCAUGCCCAGUUGCUUUCUGUAAUUUAUACAAUAUAUUGUCUUAUAUUUAAUGCUGUAAAAUAUUUGAAAGUCUGGUUUGCAGAAAAAAAAAUUAUACAAAAUAGGCUUGCAUUAUGUUGUAUAUUUAUGCCAUAACUGAGGAGGGGUAUUUUUAGAGCCACUGUAGCUUAAAGUUGUUAAUUUUUACCAAUCGUUACUAUGUUCUGAGUAGUCCUAGGAGUAUGGUCUGUUGAUGACUUUGUCUCAGUGAGUAAGAUUUCAAUAUCUGUAUAUAUACAUAUUUAUACAUGCCACUGUGGAGUUGAUUUCACUGUAAAUAGUGGUAAUUUCCUGUUCAAAUGCUUCUAUUGAAAGUAUUUAUUUUAAGAAUAUAAACCAACUGUACUAUUGAUCAAAAGGGCUGUCAUAAAAAUCAUUUUUUUUUUGACAGUUAAACACCCCCAGCCACUGUGCCUGGCUAUUACACUCCCAAAUAACAUGAGAGGGAGGAAAAGGAGACUAAAAUCUUUCCCCUCCCUGUGCUGCAGGGACCUUUUAACCUGCACAUCAGAUGUUUGAGAAAGCCACUGUGGGUGAGGAGCUGGAUUACAUUUCCUGAUCUUCAUCCACUUCACAGUAACAGUGAACCCUAUGCCCUGCAUGGUGAGUGCCAGGCAUUGCCCCUAGAAGGGAGAUCACUGACAUUGCAUUGGGCAAGCCUUUCUUUUUACAGACACAGUUGGCUGCUCCUCUGCAUGAGGGCCUCAGUGAGAAAGAGCCUCAGCUGCAGCUCCAAGAAAAUCUGGAUACGUCCAUGGGAAAUGGGGAAAACUGUCACCUCAGCAAAGCAUUAAACCACAUUGAUAGUCUAACCACAGGAAGGAGACCUCACUUGAAUCACCUUGAACAUUUCCCACAAACACCUCAUCUUUUUCCCUGUUAGUGAAUAUUGUAGGCAUCCGGCCUGAUGCUGCUCAUAACCAGGGGGUUAGGAAAUGAAUCCAUCUGUUCUAAGAUGUGUUCAGCUUACUUCUCAGGAGUCCUGGUUUGCAUUAAAAGUUUCCACAGAUAAGUGGAACCCUAAUUUCUAUAAUCAUGUUUAGCUUCAUUUGGGGGCUCCCUUGUCUGAGUAGUAUUUCUCACUGACCUUGUGUAGAGGACUGGGGCCUGUGUCACUGGCAAUGCAGUGACUUUAGAGCUGAGGGCACAUUUUGGGGUAUUUUCUUCCAUUUGAAUCACAAUUUGUAUAUUUCUUUGGGACCUCCAUUUGUCUUUUAAAACAAGUGAAGAGGUUACCUAAACAAUAAUGCUGGAGGAUGUUUUUCUAAGAUCCUGUUUGUAAGUAAAUCUGGUUUUACAAUAAAAAUGUGAAUGGUUUUACUGCAGGUGCCAGGGAAUUUAGCACUAAGCUAGACAUUCAACACUUUUUUAACCUUUGGGGGAAGAAAUAAGAUGACUUAUGUAAUGGUCUCAAGAAGAAAUAUUGUAAAUAGUUUUUAAAAAUAUUUAUUAUGUGUGCUGUGUGCAGAUUCAUGUUCUGAGUGAUGUCAGUUUGCAUUGUAAUGUUGUAGAAGGAUAUAUUCUGAGCUGUGGUUUUGCUUUUAAUAAAUCCAGUUCACACAUCUAGAAAGAAAACAGUGAGCUGUUGGGCUGGGGAGGGAUUGGGUGGGUGGGGUAUGGGCAGGGGGGAGGGGUGAUUUUUUAAAAAGUAGCAUCAAGUUUAAGCUUUAAUGCUUCUCUUCAUCUCAUCCAAUAACUUUUAAUUUUAUAUAUAUGUAUAUGUAUGUAUGUAUAUAUAUAUAUAUAUAUAUAUAGGACUGAAACUGGUCAGUGGUCAGUACACGGGUCUGCAGAGCAGAUUUCCCUUUGUUCCUUUUGGUGUGCCGCUCUUAAGCAAUAAUAAUCUUGGUAAUAACACUUGUGAUGGGGCCCCCUGGCCCCCGGCCUCAGAGAAGUGAGUAGGACUAAAAUGUUGUCCUGCUAAGAUUGCUUAUCUUUGCUUGGAGAUGUUGCUGUACUUGAAUAUCUGCUUCUCUUGAUGUGCAUGUUCCUACUUCAAACAAAUGAGGAGUGUAGCGUAUAUACGAAAUCUGUUAGGACCAGACCCAUGAGAAAGAUCCAGUCCAAUGAGGAAUGCUGGCGACUUUCAGGAGGUUAUCAGCAUGUGCAGAAUCCUAAUGUGAGAGGAGUCAAGCUGCAAUUGUGGCAGCUCUAAGAGAGUUUUUAGAACAGAAUAAAAAUGGUCAAUAGAAAAAAAAAAAAAAACUAUUGUCAUCUGGCCAUAUUUUGUUACCUUUUAACUAAAUUCCAUUUUCCCUCAAACCACUCACAAACACCUCCCAUCCCUAUCCCCACUUAUGGUUUUUGAAGCACUAGUUCAAUAGAUCAAGAACAUCAUGGGACAGUCAUCCCCACGAUACUUCCACAUCUUUUGCUUCACCCUAGGCAGUUCAGCAGAACCUCCUCAAGACCAGUUUGAACUUUGGUCAAAAAAGCCCCAUGUUAUCUUUAGUAGCUGUCAUAAAAGUAGGCUUUUAAGAUAUGUCUUCUCUUUUGUAUUUAUAAAAAGCGUUGGGAGAUUUUCACUAGUGUUACUUAGAUUGAAGUGUUCCCUUGGAAUAAACCUUUCCUUUUCUAAGCUUGAAACCAAGCAGGCAGAAAAACCAAUCUCCACUUUUGUAUCAUUGGUGAUAUGAUGAUAUUCUCUCUUCAGUUAUUUGGGGGAAGGAAGACGGAUGACAUGAAUCUGACCUAACAUCCUCAAGUCAUCUUCUCAUCUUUAGAAUCUGAUCCUUACCCUCUAGGGGCAAGUAGUUCUUAAAGGGUAGCUUCCAGGGCACUAGUGAAGGCCUUCCCAUGGCACUGACAUUAGGGAUCCAUCUAUAGGAAAUCAUAGCUUCAGCUCUUCAUUUCCAUUAUAGCUCUAAGAUACUCAUCCAAGAUCAGAACAAAAGCACAGGCAAGUUCCUUCUUUAGUCAAGAGAUCAUGUCUCUGAGGACAAAGGGGAUCCUAGAAAGCCACACUGUUUGAACUUUGCCAAAGGAGCUAUUGUAAUUCUACUGGGAAAUUGAAGUGGCAUUUUUUUUUUUUGAUACUUUUUAGAGCUUGACCCUGUAAAAUUUAUUUUGGGAGGUUGAGGGGGUCAGAGAGCAGGGUAUCGACAUAAAUGUGUACUGCAAGGAACUCCAAAAACAAUCCUCCAUUCCUCUCAAGGUCUUUUCAGGUUCCUUCCAAUGUUGUCAUUACCGAGGUCAAUUUCUUGUGUUCUUUUUCUUCCCCCCCCCCGCCCCUUUUUAAACUUUAUGUGUGAGUCUUAGAGACGGUUAUCCAAGAUACCAAGGAUUGUAUUUCCAGAGAGUCCUUCCCAUUUUCUGGUACUGUGUGCAUAAUCCUGGCCAAUGUGAAAGCUCUCUCCUUUCACCUUUAGCAAAGAGCAGAAAUGAUGAAUUUUGUAAGCUGAUGCUCUUAAGGAUUUGAUAAUAUCUCUUGGAUCUGGAUUUCCGUUAUGUUAGUGGGGAUAAGGAAAUAUUGUGUCUUUAAUGGAUGACAAUUAAAUGUAUGCUGUGAAUUGUUGGUCUGAAACAUUGAAAAAAAAAUUCAUUAGACAAUGUUUACAUACCUCACCUGAAGAACCUUUGAAAGUGUAAAUAAAAAUAAAAAUUAUAUUAAGUUGCUUUAAAACAAUAUGUAUAGCUAUAAAGUUGGAGUUGGAGUUAUUUUAACUUUGAAUAUGUACCAAGUCUCUUAAAUAUUGAAAUUUUGUGGAAUUUUUGUGCUUCUGUGUUUUACUUUCCUGUUAGGCCACAUAAGAAAUUGUGUUCUUGCUAUUGGUAAAGGGGCCCUCACUGAAAGCCAAACUUUGAAGCAUUUCCCUUUUUUUUUAUUUGUUUGUUUGAUUGAUUUGGGGGAGAAGGGUGGUGUGGGUGAUUGAAUUGGUGGGAAGAGCUUUUCCAUCAUUGACAUCCUAUUCUAUGAGCUUUCUAAAGGCGCUUAUUUUAUUGAAGUUUAUUAAACAUCUCUUUGAUAUUAAAA